AUGGAUGGAAAUCCUGGGCCAGUAGCUUGCAAUGGACAAGAAACCAUGUUGGUGAAUCAAAGAUUAGUAACCAAACAGAAGCUGGAGAGAAGAGCGCUUAAGAGCCGCUGUUUGAAACAGAGCGAUAAGAAAGUGGGUUUUGGAGCUUGGCUGCAGAGUGGUGUGUCUCCAACUUUUGCGCUCACCAUUCGCAGGUACACGCAGAAGGGCCACCGAAUGAAACGACAGAUUGAUGUCUGGGGGAGCUGGGGUGAAUGGGGCAAGUGCAGUCGGAGCUGUGGUGGUGGAGUCAGUUUUCGGCAACGGCGCUGCUGUUCCCAAAGGACAGAAGGUCCUUCCGGUUGUGUCGGACCAACUCGAAGCUAUCGGUCAUGCAAUAUUCAGAACUGCCCGGAAGGCUCCCGGGAUUUCCGGGCAGAGCAAUGUGCAGAGUUUGAUGGGACAGAUUUCCAAGGAAAGAAAUACAAGUGGCUUCCGUAUUAUGGAGCGCCGAAUAAGUGUGAGUUAAACUGUAUUCCCAAGGGAGAAAACUUCUACUACAGGCACAAGGAAGCAGUGGUAGAUGGGACUACUUGUGAACCUGGCAAGCGGGACAUCUGUGUAGAGGGAGUUUGUCAGGCCGUUGGCUGUGAUAACAUGCUGGAAUCUGCCAAGAAGGAGGACAAGUGCCUCCAGUGUGGAGGAGAUGGCAGCACCUGCUAUGGCAUAAAGGGCACUUUUGAUGUGCCCAGCCUCCCCAAGGGUUACAAUAAAACUUUCAUCCCCCCAGUGCGAGCCACAAGCAUCCAAAUUAAGGAAGUUAUGCCCAGCAGGAACUUUCUAGCUGUCAAGAACGUUCGAGGGGAGUACUAUCUGAACGGGCAUUGGACCAUCGACUUCAGCCGAGCGCUGCAGGUAGCUAGCACGGUUAUGCACUAUGACCGUGGCUCGGAGGGUGAUCUGGGCCCAGAGCUCCUCCAUGCUCGAGGUCCCACCACAGAACCCCUCGUCAUUGAGCUCAUCAGCCAGGAGCCAAACCCAGGGGUACAGUACGAGUACUACCUUCCCGUGCAAGGACAGCCAUCGGGUUACAGCUGGAGCUAUGGUUCCUGGGGCGAGUGCAGCUCCGAAUGUGGAGGAGGUUUCCAAUCCCGCUUGGUGUUUUGUACCAUAGACAAUGAAAUUUAUCCAGACUAUAUGUGCAGGAACAAACCACAACCAGACAGUAAUCGGACAUGUGGCCAUCAGAUUUGUCCCCACACAAAACGGACUUCUUACAUCUAUCUGCCGCAAGCCUGGAGUCACAGUGGAGCACGGCGCUUUCAGAUGAAGAGGUGGAAAACGGGCGAGUGGGGAUCCUGCUCAGCUACCUGUGGUGGGGGCACCCAGACUCGCUCCGUUUACUGUGAGGCAUUCGACGGUCAGAGCUCCCAAGGGGUGGUGGACAAUGCUGAGUGCAUGGCCUUCACGCAGCAGCCUCGCAGCAAUCAGCCUUGCAACAUGAGACAAUGUGCGAGCUGGAGCACAGGGCCCUGGUCAGAGUGCUCAGCCAGCUGUGGGGAAGGGGUCCAGACCCGGACAGUCACCUGCAGAACGCAGCAGGGAUCUCAGGCUGGGGACUUCGCUUGCCUAAUGGAGCCGAAGCCAUCGGCCACCCAGCCCUGCCUUAAGGAGAACUGCAUCCAGGAAAUUGGCUGGCACAUUGGAGACUGGGGCCUGUGUUCGAAGAGCUGCAAUUCAGGCAUCCGGACACGCCAAGUCAUCUGUGCUGACGGCGACUCCAAAUUCUACAGCCCUGAGACAUGCAAAGCCAUCCACCCACAGAAACCAGCCACCCUGGGUAGCUGCAACAUGCAGCCCUGCUACCUGCCACAGCAGGUCCCCAGUAUGCAGGACACUAUGGGAUAUGAUGUCACUCGCCAGUCCUUGCUGACACGUUACAACCCGAACAGCCCUGCCACAGAUUCUGGUGAUGAAAGGAUGCUCCCUGGAAGCUCCAUGAUCCAUAGUACCUCUGGGAAUCACCACAUCCCACCCACUGAGGACCGUGGCAUCAAUUUGUUGCCUGUUCGCUGGGAAUCCCAGUCACGCUCAUUGGGAUCCCAUCAGCUCAGCUUUUCUCAGGACCCCACUGCAGGGACUGGCUCUCAGGACUGUCAUCGGAGCCCACACGGCUGCUGUCCAGAUGGACACACUCCAGCUUCAGGCCCUUUGAAGAGAGGUUGCCCCUUCAGCACCUGCCACCGAAACAGGUAUGGAUGCUGUCCUGAUGGAGUAUCAGCUGCCCAGGGGCCAAACAACAUGGGAUGCCCACAAUAUUACCGUGAUGCUCAAAUGAGCAGAAAUCAGCCCACUGAGGCCACUCCAACAGCAAGCCAAGUCUUGUCCCAGCAGCACCCCUCAGACGAGUGCCGCAGUUCCAGGUACGGCUGCUGUUUUGACAACGUUGCUUCAGCUUCAGGUCCUCAAGGGGAAGGAUGUCUCAAUAGGCCCAACUAUCCAUAUCCUGUCAUAUGCCUGCUACCCAGUGCCCACGGCCCCUGCACAAACUGGACCACUCACUGGUACUUUGUGGCUGUCGUUGGCAAGUGCAACCGGUUUUGGUACGGCGGCUGUCACGGCAAUAAAAACAGCUUUUCAUCAGAGGAGGAGUGUGUGAGAGCGUGCCACAACUCUCUGUGGGUCUCUCCUCUGGAGCACCAGCACUCUUCUGGCACAGGAGCCCUGCAACGCCAACACGCUGGCUCCCACUCCCGUACUGGGGAUGCUUGGCUUCAGCAACAGCCACCCCUGAGACAGUCUGCAGGUCACAGCCAAGAAGGAAGAGCCUAUGGGGCUUCACAAGACAGCCACAGACAGGACAGCUGGGGAAGUGAGGUGCUGCCAGAGACUUUGCCAAGGACUGGUGUGCUGGAGACCCAGCACUGGGACACCCAGCAAAGCAGACUGGACAGCCUGAGCCAGCUGCACUUGUGGAAAACAGCAGUGCCUGGGCCCACAGAGAGGCAGAGCAGCGGCAGCCAGCAGGUGCUGCCCCAUGAAGGCAAGCAGUGGCAUAAGGCUUUCGGAGCAGGUGUUUCCAUGACGGAGGGAUUUGGGCACCAGGUGUCUGCAGACUCGUUCUCAGCACGGGCUCUGCACAGAGCCACCCUGGAGGAAGCCAAGCCCUCUCUUGUGACAGCAGUCAUGGGACAAAAUGUCCAGCUGGUCUGCAAGACUGGCGUGUCCCCCUUCUCCAGAGUGGAGUGGAUGAAGGAUGGCCGACCGGUCUCCUCUGACAGGCACACCUACCAGUCCGACAGCUCCUUAGUGAUCAGCCACAUCAAGCUGGAGGAUGCCGGGACUUACGCAUGCCUCGUUUCUGACAGGAGGACAGAGCGCCGACAGAUUCAGUUACAGAUCAUAGAGUACCAGAGCGCUGUUCUGGCAGAGGGUGAGAGAGGUCAGGUCCUUCAGAAGGAAAAUCAGCAGCAUCGAGAAAUAUCCAGAGGCGGGAAGGUUGUGCAGGCAGCCAGUUCCUCUGCGCAUCAGCAAUUUGCAUACAGAUUGAGAAUGGAUAAGAGUGAGCCCUCCGUAGUGGAGGCCAACCUCGGGGAGAGAGUCAGACUGCCCUGCACAGUGGAAGCAUCGCCAGCUCUCACCAUUGAGUGGCAGAAAGACGGGCAGCCCCUCUCCUCUCCCAGACACAGACAGCAGUCAGACGGGGCCCUGGUGAUCAGUCGAGUCAGCUCUGAAGACACCGGCUUCUUUACCUGCAUUGCCUCGAAUGGACAUGACCAGGACCAGCGCCAGGUCCUGUUCCGACCUCUAGGAAAGCUGAGGAUCACUGGUCUUCUGCCAAGUAUCACGGUACCUGAGGGAGGGACUGCUCAGCUUCACUGUACAGUGACUGGCAACAACGUGAAUAUAAGGUGGUCAAGGAACGGAGUCCCCAUGAGAGCAGAUGGCCACCACAUCCACUUGUCCCAGGACGGAAGCCUGAUCAUAAGCAGCGUUCAAGAGGCAGAUGAGGGAUCCUACACAUGCAGCGCCUACAGCAGCAGCAACUCUGUCAGUGCCAGCACGGAGGUGAAAGUGCUGAGGACCCGGCCUAGCACUCCUGUGAACCGCGUUGCGGACACGAGCAGGGAGUGCGUGGACCAGCCCCACCUCGCCAACUGUGACCUGAUCCUGCAGGCCCAGCUCUGCACCAACGAGUACUACUCCAGCUUCUGCUGCGCGAGCUGCUCGCGCUACCGACCGCAGGGCGGCCCUUCCCGUCACCACGGCUGA